AUGGGGAAGAACUCUGUGGUGGAGGAGCCAGACCGGGGGGAAAAUGCUAAAGGGAAGGGCGUAGCAGAGGCUCCCCCGCAGGUGGUGAGGAAGGUGGAUGGAUCCGGUGAGGAAGGCAUCUUUGGUCCGUGGUUGGUUACCAACCGACUAGGCUUCCGACAGGCACCCUCGGCGGCUCCCCGGAGGACGGAGAAGAAGGAGAGUGCGGCGAGGAAAACCUCCUCGCCUAACCCAAGCGGCGAGCUGAGGCGAGCGGGUGAUAGCACGGUCCCUACGGGCUCCCCGAUUGAUCUCGAAGGAUGGCAGAAACCCACGAAGGUGGCCCGCCGGAGGACGCCGGAGAAGGACGUCUCCGUAGCUGGAGCGGGUGCCGCGCCGGGUGAUCUGAGUCAACCCGGUUUGGGUUCGGGGUCGGGCGCCGAGUUCGGUUCUCGGCCGGAAUCAAGCCGGGCCGAAUUCGACUUGGCCCGGGCCGAGGCGAGGCCUAAGUCAAGUAAUGGCCCGAGCCCAGGUGGGUCGGGCCCCAGCCCGAUGAAGCGGGCCAGAAGCCCGCCUGGGGAUCGAAAGCCGUUGGGCCCGAUGGUGGCUGCUCCCUCUCAAGUGUCCGGCCGGGCGACGCCCUCGACUUCGAAGGCCGGCCGGUCGGUGCUGACCGCCCGUCGGAGGAGCAAGAGCUCCCCCCCACCGUCUGCGGCAACCCGUGGCCGGCCCCCUCGGGUGGUUGAUUCCAGGGGAGCUGCCGACACUUCACUUCGGGGGGGCGUGGCUACCGGAUUGCGGCUGGCCCCGGCUUUCUCGGUGGCGGCAGGUGUGCCCAGUUCCGGGGUGUCGGGGGUGGCUGGGGAAGCGCCGGGGGUGACGGAACUGAGGCGCGGCGGAGCGAAGGACAGGUGCGACGAUGGUUCGAUGGAGCUGGCUGCUUCUGCGGAUGGAUCCUCAUCCGACCCGUGCCAAAUGGCACGAACAGUGGACGGCUCUACUCUUAAGGUGAAGUCGCCAUGGGGGAAGGCCUUGAGUGGGGAUUUGGGGGUGGCAGUGGAGAACUUGGUCUCAGGGGGGCAGCAGGGUGAGCCUACAGGAUUGGGCUCCGAGAAGGUGGAUUCAGCGUGCCAAAUGGCACAGGGGGAGCAGGGGGAGCAGCACCGCCGUAUUCUGGUCCAACUAAUGGCUUCAACUAAGGGGCAGUCCAGUGUUGAUCAAGGUGGUGUAGGGAAUACGGAGGGGGGAGUAGGCUGCAGCAACAGCUCCAGGGAGGUGGGCUGUGCGAACUCCUUGGGUGUUUUAUGA